AUGAUCUCGAACUCAUCUGGAAGAAACAUAGAUCCAUGCGUAGUGGGUGAAAGCACUGGUCAAUUGGCUAACCGGUUCGCAGCAAUGGAGGAACUGCAAGCGAGACAUAGGAAAGAGGUUAAGGAUCUCCAGAAUAGGAUCACGGGAAUGAAGAAACAGGCGACAAAAUCGACGAGGAAGGAAGUUAAUUCGAAAUGUGCUAGUUUGCAGGAGGCCUUGAGAAUAAGGCAUGAAAAAGAAAUAAGGGAAUUGGAUGGUUCGGUUGAAGAAGUGGACGAGAAGGGCUGCACGGCCGAAGAGCUCUUGGAACAGCUGUCAUUGGAGAGAAGCGAAGAACUUGCAGAACCUAAAGAAACAAACGUACAGGGACCCCAGAGACGUCGGAGAAAUAGGCAGAGAGAGAGAUUGGCCAAACGGGAGGCUGAGAUUACACGUAUUAAGGAGGAGGCUCGCUUGGAGGCGUCGCAGCAGCCUGACUUGAAAAAAAUCGAACAGGACGCCAUCGAUCAAUUAUGCUCGGUGAACCGAUUGAAGCAGUAUGAUAUCCAGCCGGAUGGACAUUGUCUUUUUGCGUCGAUUUUGGACCAGUUGCAACUUCGUCAUGGUGAAUCCGCUCGAGAUCUAAGCGUGUCGAAGCUCAGAUCCCUCGCUUGCGCGUACAUUCGUCAGCAUAAAGAUGAUUUCAUCCCGUAUAUGUUUGAUGAGGAAACUUGCCAGCCGAGAGAUAUCGACGUCUACACCGAGAAGAUGGAGUCAACUGCUGAAUGGGGCGGUGAACUGGAGAUCGUAGCGCUCGCGAAUCAAUUCGAUUGUCCCAUCAGCAUCAUGAUGAGCGGCAGGCCAAAGCAUGUCAUCAACGAAAAAGGCGUUAAUCCCGAGUUGAAAUUGGUUUAUUACAAGCAUACAUACGCACUCGGUGAACACUACAACUCAUUGCAUGAUGAUAUAUAA